AUGGAGUUGCUUGGGUUGCAGAAACCUUACCUUGAACCUUUGCUUCAGCAGCAAUAUGGCCUUGCUUUCGGCAAAACCAGUAAUCUGCAUCAUGGUUUCUUUGGAUAUCCUGCAUUUUCUCCUGGUAUGUCAUAUCCUGGAAGCCCAAUAGCGGACCCAGUUAUCCCCAAUCUCCCUUUCGGACCAAGUAGUCCUGUUAUGCAUGUGGAACAGAUCAUGCAUAUUCCUUCAGGGUUGAGGAAUAUACCUGGCAGUUUUAUGGGAGGUAAUUUGGAGGAAAUUUUUGCACCUUCUUUGUUGUAUGAGUUCAAGAGCAACAAAACUAAAUGUUUCGAGCUCGCAGAGAUUGCUGGUCAUGUUGUUGAGUUCAGUGUGGAUCAGUAUGGAAGUCGGUUUAUCCAACAAAAACUUGAAACAACCAAUGCACAAGUGAAGAACAUGGCUAUUGAAGUUAUUGAGUUGGACCAGCAGACUAGAAUUGUUACAGAGCUCGAUGGUCGUGUUAUGCUCUUGUUCCUGGAGCACUGCCACAAACCCCAAACCCAGAGCAUAGUGAUGGACGAAAUUUUGCAAUCUGUUUGCAUGUUGGCACAAGAUCAAUAUGGAAACUAUGUCAUUCAGCUUGUACUGGAACACGGGAAACCACAGGAGGAGCGAUCAGCUAUAAUUGGGCAGAUUGUUCCAAUGAGCCAGCAAAAGUUUGCAUCGAAUGUUGUAGAGAAAUUCUUUUCUUUUGGAACUCCUGGAGAACAUCAGACUCUGGUUCAUUUAAGUGCUUUCAAGAUGUAUACGUAUGGAAAGCAUUUUGUUGCCCGUGUAGAGAAACUUGUUGCUACUGGAGAAAUAUCUUUGAGCUCAAAGGAUUGGUCAAUUCAUAAUGACAACUUGGGAAGCAAAGUCGACAGUUUUGAUGGUUUUGCUACUAAAUGA